CUUCAAAACACGUGUUUGUCAAAUCAGAAUUUUUAUUUUCCAUUUCAUUACGUUAUACUGCUAAAAUAUUCGCCAAUUAUACUAUACAUAUUAAGUUACUUAAAAGUUUAAAGAGUAAGUAGUGUCAGUUCACUACAUUUAUUAAAUUAAUAAAAAAUACUCAAUGGAAUUUCCUGAGAAGUUGUAUGAAAAUCUAGACCUUCUAGUGAGGGGAUUCUUCAUAGUAUCCACCUUUCUUCUUCUGUUAACUGGCAGUAGUAAAACAUUAUUUUCUUACACACUAUAUGGAAAACGACUAACAACGUCAAAUCGCUAUAAUUAUUCUAAAUUCCUGGUCCCAAAGUCUCUAUUUUCGACAUUUUACGUCGUGGGAUUAAUUUCAAAUGGAUUUUUAUUCUACAAGGAACACAGAGAGUUCUUUAACAUCUUUCGAGUGAUGUUUAUUACACAUAUACUGCGGAGACUUUUUGAACAAGUGUUUCUAUUUGCUAGGCUCCCUAAACCAUCAAAAAUGCAUCUUUUGGCUUACUUAUUUGGACUAAGUUAUUAUGUAGCAACCGCAUUCGCAGUUAACAACCCUAACAAUUACGCACCAAUAAAAUUUUGUGUAUUUUUAAACAUGUUUGCCCAGGGUUUACAGUUCUACUGCCAUGUCAAACUGUCAAAACUCAGAACCGACACAUCUGAUGCCAAGGUCUACAAGGUUCCAAAGGGAGGGCCUUUUAACUUUAUCUUAUGUCCACAUUACUUGGCUGAAAUCUUAAUAUACGUAUCACUUUGCUGUAAUCUGAACAUGCUACUAUGCCUAAUAUUUGUCACGGUAGAACUCUCUUCACUCGCUCAUACCAACAAAGUUUGGUAUUUUCAAAACUUCCCAAAAUCACAAUUACACACCAACAAGGCUCUACUGCCCUUUGUAUUUUAAUAUAGCUAAUAGUUCAAAGUAAUAUAUUAAAGAGAUGAA